AUGUGGCGAUGUUUUAUUGAACCAGCAGCAAAUCGACGUGACAGUUCACGUUUGUAUAACAAAAGAUCAAUAGCAGAUUUAUACACAUUGCUACCACAGAUUAAUUGGUUGGAAUUUCUUACACGUUUGAUACCCCCUAUGAUCGGUACUUUUUUAUCAAACAGUACCACUGUAAUUGUUCAAGAAGUAGACUAUUUGAAAAAUCUUUCUGAUUUACUACGUAUAACAAGCAAACGAGUUGUGUCAAAUUAUAUUUUUUGGAGAAUUUGCCAUUUUUGGAAUGAUAUUUUGGAUAAAUCAUUUGAUAGUGUUCAACUGGAAUUAAUGAAUGUACUGAAUGGACAGCGAAAAAUCGUUUCACGUUGGCAACACUGUGUUCAGAAAUGUGAAGAAUUGUUGCCAGCUGCUGUAAGUGCUUUAUUUGUCCGUAAUCACUUUGAUUCGAAUACGAAGAAAGAAGCAAUGAAUCUUCUUACAAUGAUUCAAAAAGCAUUCCAAGGGAUUGUUGGCAAAAUCAGUUGGAUGGACAGUGAUACAAAAAAAUUUGCACUGCAGAAAGCUUCAUCCAUUAUCAGCAAAGUUGGUUAUGACAAGAUGUCAAUGAACGAUACUGCAUUAGAUGGAUACUAUGCAAAGUUAGAUAUUGCGUCGUCAGAUACCUAUUUUGAAGUUUUGCGUAAAACAGCCGCAUGGAAUGGAAAAAAGCAUUUUUCACGUUUGAAUAAACCUUUUAAUAAAUAUGAAUUUACUCAAAGUGCGUCAACUCUUAAUGCUUAUUUCACGCAUAAAAUGAAUUCACUGUGUAGAGCAGUAAACUACGGCGCCAUUGGCUUUAUUAUGGGUCACGAAAUGAUUCACGGCUUCGAUGACGUUGGAAGUGCUUAUGACAUCGAUGGUAACUUGCAUAACUGGUGGAGCGAAGAAUCUUAUCAAAAUUUCACGAAUAAAACACAAUGCCUGAUUGAUCAGUAUGGAUCAUAUCAAGUACCAAAUAUUGACUUUAAGAUAAAUGGUAAAUUGACUUUGGGGGAAAAUAUUGCUGAUAACGGCGGUAUUAAACAAUCGUACCAGGCAUAUCAAGAAUUUAUCAGUCAAAGCAAUCAGUCUGAACCUGUACUACCAGGAAUGUUAGAUUACACCAGUGAUCAAAUAUUCUUCCUAUCUUAUGCUCAAAUUUACUGUGGCCAUGGAACGAAAUCAGCACAGAUCGAAGGUAUUCUUACCGACGAUCACAGUCCACAAAGAUAUCGUGUCAAUGGACCACUUUCCAAUUUAGCAGAAUUUAGCGAAGCUUUUGACUGUCCCCUUGGUAGUAAUUUAAAUCCUAUUAAACGUUGCUCUAUUUGGUAA